UAUAUAAAGGAUGGCCAUAGAGGGACUUCUGUCCUUCCCUCUUAGCCACCAUGGGGCUAAGGCUUACCAGCCUUUUGACACUAUGGCUGGCCAUCUGCUAUGCAUCUGAAGUUAGAAAAGGAAGAACUUCUAGCCAUGGCCACUAUGUCUGCAGUACUUGGGGGAACAACCACUUCAAAACCUUUGAUGGAGAUUUCUACCAGUUUCCUGGUGUCUGUGAAUACAACUUUGUUUCUGACUGCCGUGAAUCUUACCAGGAGUUCUCUGUCCAUAUCCAGCGUGAGCUGAAUCAGCAAGGGCACCCUGACAUUCAAUAUGUCCUUAUCACAAUUAAGGAUGUUGCAAUCUACCUCACUCACAAGAUGGUGGUGGUGGAUGGGCAAAUUGCAAGGACUCCGUACUAUCAUUCUGGUAUUAUGAUUGAGAAGAAUGAUAUGUAUACCAAACUCUAUGCCAGAGUGGGCCUAGUUUUGAUAUGGAACAGAGAAGAUGCUUUGAUGAUUGAACUGGACACCAAGUUUAACAACGGUACUUGUGGUCUUUGUGGGGAUUACAACGGCCAGCAGGUUUACAAUGAAUUUCUCUCUGAUGGACUGAGCUACAAUCCAAUCACAUUUGGAAACCUACAGAAGAUUAAUAAACCCAAUACAGUAUGUGAAGACCCUGAUGAGACACAACCUAUUGAAUCUUGCAACCAACAUCGUGAGGAGUGUGAGAAGCUGCUGACUGCUCCGGCUUUUGCGGAUUGUCAGUCCCGCCUGAAUCUGGAACAGUAUAUCCAAGCUUGCAUGCAGGACAGAUGUGCUUGCCAGCAAACAGAGGACUCCUUCUGCCUUUGCAGCACCAUCUCAGAGUUUUCCCGCCAGUGUUCCCACGCUGGUGGCAAUCCUCAGAACUGGAGGACAUCACACCUGUGUCCUAAGUCAUGUCCUGGAAACAUGAUCUACCUGGAAAGUGGCUCACCCUGUAUGGACACCUGUUCACACCUGGGGAUCAGCAAACUAUGUGAAGAACACUACAUGGAUGGCUGUUUUUGCCCUGAAGGCACAGUAUAUGAUGAUAUCACUGGGAAAGGCUGCGUGGCCACAAGCCAGUGUCACUGCAAACUUCGUGGGCAAUUAUUCCCCCCUGGUAAAAACAUCACCAAUGACUGUGAAAGCUGCACCUGCCAAUCAGGUAGAUGGAUAUGCCAGGAUUUACCCUGUCCCAGUAAAUGUGCAGUGGAGGGAGGAUCUCACAUUACUACCUUUGAUGGAAAGAAGUACACCUUCCAUGGUGACUGCUACUAUGUGCUGAGCAAGAGCAUACAGAAUGACUCACAUGCCCUCUUGGGAGAACUAGGCCCAUGCGGUUCUACUGACAAGCAGACAUGCCUAAAGACGGUGGUUCUGUUAAUAGAUGAGAAGAAAAACGUCGUAGUUUUCAGAUCAGAUGGUACCGUAUUACUGAAUGAAAUAGAAAUUCAUUUGCCUCAUGUAACAGCCAGCUUCACAGUUUUCCAGCCAUCUUCAAACUACAUUAUUGUGCAGGCGACCUUCGGCCUCAGGCUGGAGAUCCAGCUGGUUCCAGUUAUGCAGCUCUUUGUCAUUGUGGACCAGACUGCCCAGGCAACUCUCCAAGGUCUUUGUGGGAAUUACAACGGAAUAGAAGGAGAUGACUUCAAAACAUCAAGUGGAUUAAUAGAAGCAACAGGGGCUUCCUUUGCCAACACGUGGAAAGCACAAGCCAGCUGCAGCGAUAAGUUGGAUAACUGGGACCACCCUUGUACACUUAGCGUUGAGAAUGAAAAGUAUGCUGAACAUUGGUGCUCUUUGUUGAAAAGCACAGAAACUCCUUUUGCCAGAUGUCACUCAGUCAUUGAUCCAACAGAUUAUUAUAAGCGCUGCAAAUAUGAUACCUGUAAUUGUAAUGCCAACGAAGAAUGUAUGUGUGCUGCCCUAUCAUCAUACGCAAGAGCCUGUGCCUUCAAAGGGGUCAUGUUAUGGGGCUGGAGAAAGAACGUCUGCAACAAAGAAGAAUCCUCUUGCCAAGCCAGCCAAGUCUUCCGUUACAAUUUGACUUGCCAGCAAACUUGCCGCUCUCUUUCUGAUGGUCAUAAGCACUGCUUGAAAGGGUUUACUCCAGUAGAUGGCUGUGGCUGCCCUGAUAAAUCCUAUAUGGACGACAAUGGCAAAUGUGUGCCAAUUGCUCAGUGCCCGUGCUAUUACAAGGGUGUGCCCCUAAAUCCUGGAUAUGUGAUAAUGAAACAGGAUGAGCGCUGUGUUUGCAGACAUGGAAGAUUUCAUUGUGUGUCAGUGGACGUACCCCAUGAACACUGCUCACCCAACAUGACAUAUUUUGACUGCAACAACUUUGACAGUUGGUCUUCCCAAACACCAGUACAUCUUAGCUGCCAAACACUGGGAAACGAUCAGUUCCAGACAGAGUGUGUUUCAGGAUGUGUGUGCCCUGAUGGAUUGAUAGAUGAUGGCAGAGGGAGAUGCGUCCAAGAACAGGACUGCCCAUGCAUUCAUAACAAAGUAUUUUACUCCCCCGGAGAAACAGUAAAUGUGGACUGCAACACAUGUACUUGUCAAAGAGGAAGCUGGAAGUGCACCACCAAUUCAUGCUUUGGGACAUGUACUGUGUAUGGGAGUGGCCAUUACAUCACGUUUGAUGGAAAAUUCUAUGACUUUGAUGGCAACUGUGAAUAUGUGGCUUCUCAGGAUUACUGUGGAAACAGCGAUUUGGAGGGAACAUUUAGUAUCAUCACAGAGAAUGUCCCCUGUGGAACCACUGGAGUCACCUGUUCCAAGGCCAUUAAAGUUUUCCUUGGGAGCACUGAAUUAAAGUUGGAAGAUAAACAAAUAGAAACAUUUGAGAUGAAUACUACUAGCACUGUGACUUACUGGAUCCGUGAGCCAGUUGGGCUGUACAUUGUAAUAGAAACCAGCAAUGGUGUUAUUCUCAUCUGGGACAGGAAGACUACUAUUUUCAUCAAGCUGGCACCCUAUCUUAAAGGAAAGGUCUGUGGCUUAUGUGGCAACUUUGAUGGCAAGGCCAGUAAUGACUUCACUUCAAGGGACAUGGUCCAAGAAAUGAGUGCACUGGCAUUUGGAAAUUCAUGGAAAAGGGAUGCUGCAUGCCCUGAUGUUGAUGUAGACCCUGAGCCCUGUGAAAAGAAACCUCAUCGCAAAUCCUGGGCAGAGAAAGAAUGCAGCCUCAUCAAAAGUGUUGUAUUUGCAGAAUGUCAUUCAAAAGUGGCUCCAGAUCAGUACUAUGAAGCGUGUGUACAUGAUGCUUGUGCCUGUGACUCUGGAGGCGACUGUGAGUGCUUCUGUACUGCAGUGGCUGUCUAUGCACAAGAAUGCCUCAAAGCUGGAGCUUGUGUCUACUGGAGGACUCCUGACAUAUGCCCAAUCUUUUGUGAGUACUGGAAUCCUACAGAUAUAUGUGAAUGGCACUAUGAGCCUUGCGGAAGUGAUAUUGUUACCUGCAAGAUGCUUAAUCAAGUCAGCACCAACUUUUCAGUGCCAUAUCUGGAAGGUUGCUACCCACGAUGUCCUCCGGAGAAGCCUAUCUACAUCGAAGAGACCAACACAUGUGGGACAAGUGAUAUGUGUGGCUGCUAUAUUGACGAUGUUCACUAUGGAUAUGGGCAGCGUAUACCCACAGAUGAUCUGUGUACAAAUUGUUUCUGUGUUUCUGCUGGAGUAACGAAAUGUGAACCCCGAGGAGGUUGCUGCAUAUAUGAUGGCAAAGAAUACAAAGAAGGAGAAAUAAUAAUAAAUGAGAGAAAUGGAUCUUUUUGUUUCGACAUAAAAUGCACAAUCAAUGGCACUUGGGUAGUUGAAGACAUGAAACCCUGCAGUACAACCGCCCCUCCCACAACUACUCUUUCAACUACCCCUUCCAUCACCACCACCACUACUACUACCACAACUGCCACUACAACCUCCACUACACUCUCUUCAACGUCUCAGUGCUUAAUGCUUGCCUGUGAAUGGAGUAAAUGGUAUGAUGUCAGUAUACCCGAAGAAGGACCAGAAGGUGGUGACUUUGAGACAUAUGAUGCCAUAAGAAUUAAAGACGGAAGCAGCUUUUGUCCAUCAGCUCCACAAAACAUAGAGUGCAGAGCUAAAAAUGCACCUGAUACGGAUAUUGCAGAAUUGGAACAGAAAGUGGACUGUAAUGUCACUUAUGGGCUGAUUUGUAGAAACAAAGACCAAGAUCAGACCCUCUGGACCCUCUGCUAUAAUUAUGAGAUACGUGUCAACUGUUGUCAAAUCAUUCCUUGUGUUGGUAGUACGACCACUACUCCCACCACUACUCCCUCCACUACUACCACUACCACUACACCAACUACCACUACCCCUACACCAUCUACCACCACCACAACUACCACUCCUACCACUACCACUACUUCCACGCCGUCUACCACGACGCCAACAGUUUGUCCCCCCAUUGAAGAAUGUUUAUGGUCUGAGUGGAUUGAUAUCAGUUUCCCACAAUAUGGCCCACAGUAUGGUGACUAUGAAACCUUUGACAACAUCAGGGCAGCCAACAUACAGAUCUGUGAAAGGCCAGAAAACAUAUCGUGCAGAGCACUGAAAUUUCCUGAUUACUCCAUCAAGGAAUUGGGGCAAAAAGUGGAAUGUGAUGUUUCAACUGGACUUAUAUGUCACAAUAAAGAUCAGGUUCCUGGGCCUGUGUACCCUGUAGAUAUGUGUCUCAACUAUGAAAUCAGUGUAUAUUGCUGCCGGGACAUACCGGUAGAUGAUUGUACAACUACACCAUCAACCACAACUCCUACCGCAACUCCUACCACAACAACAACUACCACUUCUACCACUACCUCUACUCCAUCUACCACCACAACUACUACUACUACUUCCACACCAUCAACCACGACACCACCAACUACUACUCCUACCACCACACCACCUUGGGAUACCUCUACCACUACACCAACUGCCACUUCCACCACUACCACAUCUACCACUACCUCAGCACCUACCACUACCACUACUACUCGUUCCACCAUGACAUCCACCCCCACACCAUCUAUUGACACCUCUACCCCCUCACUACCUACUACUACGCCAACUACCACUGCUACUACUACCUCCACUGCACCUACAACUACACCAACUACCACUCCAACCACUACAUCUACAGUAACAACCACUACGCCAACUACCACUCCAACCACCACCACUACUACAGGAUCUACUUCAGGUAAUGAAUUUUUACUUCUUGAUUCUGCUUUCAAAAGAGCUAUUUCUAUCUGUUGUUGUUUCACUGCAGUUUGUCCCCCCAUCGAAGUAUGUUCAUGGUCCGACUGGAUUGAUAUCAGUUUCCCACAAUAUGGCCCACAGUAUGGUGACUAUGAAACCUUUGACAACAUCAGGGCAGCCAACAUAGAGAUCUGUGAAAGGCCAGAAAACAUAUCGUGCAGAGCACUGAAAUUUCCUGAUUACUCCAUCAAGGAAUUGGGGCAAAAAGUGGAAUGUGAUGUUUCAACUGGACUUAUAUGUCACAAUAAAGAUCAGGUUCCUGGCCCUGUGUACCCUGUACAUAUGUGUCUCAACUAUGAAAUCAGUGUAUAUUGUUGCAAGGAAAUAAUUGAUUGCACAACUACACCAACUCCUACCACCACCACAAGUACAACUACCACCACAACUCCAAGUACCACUACAUCAACUACCACUAUCUCUACAACUACAGAGUGUGUCGUGUGUGAUUGGUCUUCUUGGAUUAAUACGGAUUCCCCAAAUGCUGACAAGGAUGGUGGUGACAAUGAAACUUAUGAUAAAAUCAGGGAACAUGGUAUAAACAUCUGCCUUCAGCCAGCCAACAUUUCAUGCAGAGCAAAAGAUUUGCCUGACACUUCACUUGAGGAAUUGGGACAAAAAUUGGUAUGUGACGCUUCUGUAGGACUCAUCUGUAAAAACACAGACCAAGUCCCAGGUGGUGUGGCACCAACUUGUCUCGAUUACGAAAUUAGUGUUUAUUGCUGCAGAGACUGUUCUACCACCACAGUCUCUACCACCACAGUCUCGACUACAACCAGCACUCCCUACACUGGAAGUACAAAUAAAACUACACCAGUUACAACAACAACAACAACAACAGAAGAAACAACAACAACAGUACCUUGUACAACUGAAGAACCAGAUAUAGGGUCCACUUCAGAACCAUCCACUGCUGUUACUACCACCAAGUUCUCAACUACCACGAAGACUAUUCCCACAACCACAUCAACACCACCAACAACUACCACUUCCACCCCAACUCCAAGUACGACUACACCCACACCAUCAACCACCACCAGCACUGAACCUCCUACAACAACCACAACAACCACUACUACUCUCCCUCCAAGUACAACGACACCAACACCAUCAACCACCACCACCAGCACUGAACCUCCUACAACAACCACUACUACUCCCCCUCCAAGUACAACGACACCAACACCAUCAACCACCACCAGCACUGAACCUCCUACAACAACAACCACAACAACCACUACUACUCCCCCUCCAAGUACAACGACACCAACACCAUCAACCACCACCACCAGCACUGAACCCCCUACAACAACCACAACAACCACUACUACUCCCCCUCCAAGUACAACGACACCAACACCAUCAACCACUACCACCAGCACUGAACCUCCUACAACAACCACAACUACCACUACUACUCCCCCUCCAAGUACAACGACACCAACACCAUCAACCACCACCACCAGCACUGAACCUCCUACAACAACCACAACAACCACUACUACCACUACUACUCCCCCUCCAAGUACAACGACACCAACACCAUCAACCACCACCACCAGCACUGAACCUCCUACAACAACCACAACAACCACUACUACUCCCCCUCCAAGUACAACGACACCAACACCAUCAACCACCACCACCACCGAACCUCCUACAACAACCACUACUACUUCCCCUCCAAUACAACGACACCAACACCAUCAACCACCACCACCAGCACUGAACCUCCUACAACAACCACAACUACCACUACUGCUCCCCCUCCAAACCACCACCACCAGCACUGAACCUCCUACAACAACCACAACAACCACAACUACCACUACUACUCCCCCUCCAAGUACAACGACACCAACACCAUCAACCACCACCACCAGCACUGAACCUCCUACAACAACCACAACAACCACUACUACUCCCCCUCCAAGUACAACGACACCAACACCAUCAACCACCACCACCAGCACUGAACCUCCUACAACAACCACAACAAAAACCACUACUACUCCCCCUCCAAGUACAACGACACCAACACCAUCAACCACCACCACCAGCACUGAACCUCCUACAACAACCACAACAACCACUACUACUCCCCCUCCAAGUACAAGGACACCAACCACCAGCAGCAGCACUGAACCCCCUACAACAACCACAACUACCACUGCUACUCCUACUCCGAAUACAACAACAACAGCGAAACCCCCUACAACAACCAAAUCACCAACUACUGUCCCAACAUCUACCACAACAUCUACAUCUACAUCUACUGUGACUAUACCAACAACAACACGCUGCUUCUGUACAAUGGAUGGAAAUAUAUUUUUCGAAGGUGAUAUAAUAGAAGUGGGCAUGCACAGAGGCAUGUGCUAUCAGGCCAACUGCUCCUGGGAGUGUGAAGUAGUUUACAACUAUUGGGAUUGUCCCACCACUACGCCACCGCCAACCACAGCUACAACCACAACAGAGCCAACAACGACUACAACAGCACCAACCACAACUACAACCACAACAGAGCCAACAACGACUACAACAGCACCAACCACAACUACAACCACAACAGAGCCAACAACGACUACAACAGCACCAACCACAACUACAACCACAACAGAGCCAACAACGACUACAACAGCACCAACCACAACUACAACCACAACAGAGCCAACAACGACUACAACAGCACCAACCACAACUACAACCACAACAGAGCCAACAACGACUACAACAGGGCCAACCACAACUACAACUAUAUCUAUAAAAACAGAACAUCCUACUAGUACAACUCCAGAUUCUAAUUCACAGAUAUCCACAACCACAUCCACAUCUACAUCUACACCCACACCCACACCUACACCCACACCCACACCAUGUCCAUUCGAGAAUGGGACUAUUCUACCUGGAGAAUCUAUGUGGAUUUGUGACUGUGUCCAGGCCUUUUGCAUUUCAAACGGCUCGUGGAUUUUAGAACCCAUAAAGUGCGAACCACCGCCUGAGCCCACAUGUUCCAAUGGGCGUGCUCCUGUCCGUGUGAUGGAUAAGAAUAACUGCUGCUGGCACUGGGAAUGUGACUGUUACUGUACCGGCUGGGGAGACCCACAUUAUAAGACCUUUGAUGGCCUCUACUACAGUUACCAAGGCAACUGUACCUACACCCUGGUGGAAGAGAUUGUAAAAACCAUCGACAACUUUGGAGUGUACAUUGAUAACUAUCACUGUGAUCCAAGGGAACCAGUGUCCUGUCCACGUACUCUCAUUAUAAAGCAUGAGACUCAGGAUAUACACAUACACACACUCUCAUCUGUUCCUAUCAAAAUAGAGGUACUCGUAAAUGGGCAGGUUGUGAAUUUACCUUAUACAAAAUAUGGUGUGAAAAUUCAUCAGUUAGGUAUGAAUUACAUGGUGGAAAUUCCUGAUUCGAGGAUAAAUAUAACUUUCAACGGCAUAUCUUUCACUAUUCGGAUGCCCUAUGAACUAUUUGGCAACAACACCCAGGGCCAGUGUGGUACAUGCACCAAUAAUACAGCAGAUGACUGUCGGCUGCGCAAUGGAGAACUUGCAGAAAACUGUGUACAAAUGGCAGAUGACUGGUUUAUUACUGAUGACUCCAAACCCCAUUGCCCCCGAUUGCCCCCAAGUCAGAUCACAACAGUCCCCCCACCCUGCGAACCAUCUCCGCUCUGUGAACUUUUACUUAAGGGUGAAUUCGCAAAGUGCCAUGAUGCUGUUGAUUAUGAAAACUUCUAUGCAGCCUGCGUGUUUGAUAACUGCAGGAUUCCCAACCGUGGCAUGGAAUGUGCAAGUCUUCAGAUCUAUGCAUUAACCUGUGCAGACCAAGGUGUCUGCAUUGAUUGGAGAGGGCUUACCAAUGGCACAUGUGGCGUCAGCUGCCCAUCUAACAAAGUUUACAAAGCAUGUGGUCCUUCUCAAGAGGAGACUUGCAAAUCAGGCUUAAUAGGAGUCAACCAAACCCAACAAAUUGAAGGCUGCUUCUGCCCUGAAGGGACAACACUUUAUGAUGCUGGUGUGGAUGUUUGUGUGAAAACCUGUGGAUGUGUUGGGCCAGAUAAUAUACCAAGGAAGUUUGGGGAGCAAUUUGAGUUUGACUGUAAGAAGUGCAGUUGCCUGGAAGGAGGCAGCGGUAUUACCUGUGAGCCCCUCAAAUGUCCAUCAGAUGAUGAUGUCAACAACUGUGAAGGAGAGGGAUUCUACAAGAUCACUGAAGUCAAUCCUGAUAACAAAUGCUGCUCUAAAACCACUUGCGUAUGCAAUGCCACUGACUGCACAACAGAGCCUCCUAAAUGUCAGACAGGGUUUGCGUUAGUUUCUGAAACUCCUGCAGGCUCCUGCUGUCCUAUUUACCGAUGUGAUCCCAAAGAUGUUUGUGUGGCCAAUGGUAAUGAAUACGCGCCUGGCUCUCAGAUCUUAGGAGAUAAGUGCCAGACAUGUGUCUGCACAAAGCAAAAAAACAACAAUACUUCGCUGAAUUCGAUCAGUUGCAGCCACAUCCCAUGUCCAACGACGUGUGACCAAGGAUAUACUCUUACUCCUCAGCACGGUGAAUGUUGUAGUACGUGUGUGCAGACAAGCUGUGUUGUACGAACACCUGAGAAAGAUGUUUUCAUCUUAAGACCUGGUGAGCAACGGAGUGCUCCACAUGACAACUGCACCAUUUACAGCUGUGUGAACAUAAAUAGGCAGCUGGUCUCCUCCACCUCUUCAAUAAGCUGCCCACCAUUUAACGAGCAGAGAUGUCAGCCUGACACCAUUGCGUAUUUGCCCAGUGGCUGCUGUAAAACUUGCAAGCUCAAAGAUAACCCAGAACCAAUGGCACCAUGCUCUCUCUCUGAAAUGAAGGACUAUAUUGUUCAUGAUGGUUGCCGUUCAACAGACAUGGUCACUGUGGCCCAGUGUGAAGGACAUUGUGGAACUUCCUCAUUGUACUCGGCUGAAGCCAACUCCAUGGAACACAAGUGCACUUGCUGCAGAGAGUCAAAUGUGUCUCAAAAUGAGAUAACGCUGGUGUGCCCUGAUGGGAAAAACAAGAAACACAAGUACCUUCAGGUGGAAUCUUGCGAGUGCCUCAACACCAAUUGCAACAGUUCACACGAGUCCCAGAAGAACACAGAAGAAAAUAGCAUGGAAGACUUCCAGGAAGAUGAACAGAAUGCCGUGGUUCGUAUCAGGAGGGCCAUUGGUUCGGCAAAGAGAAGGAUGGGAAUAUAAUGAGAUAAUCAACAGGUUACAAGUGAAAAGAAAAGUUAUACAGACAACCCAUGGUUUCAUUUUUCAAAAAUAAUUCUCUGCUUCCCCUUGCUUUCCACAUGCCUCUUAAAUCUGUGCCCUUUUUGACUGUUUCCCCUUAUGAUUGCUUUAUUUAUUUGUGUUAAACAAAAAAAAAGUGCAAGUCAUUGUUCCCUGUGUGUAACAAAGUUUUAUGUUUUGGACUUUUGAAUCAUUUUCUUUUCUGCUUUAAAUAAUUAAAAGCACAUUUAAAUAAUUAAAAGCACAUUUAAAAACCGAAGUCUAUGCAUCCAGUU